GUGAUGGAUAAAGAGAGGAAAGGAGAUUAUUUAGGAGAGACUGUUCAGAUUGUUCCUCACAUCACUGAUACAAUUCGAGAAUGGGUUGAGAGAGUUGCAAUGAUUCCUGUUGAUGGAAAAGAAGGUCCUCCUGAUGUUUGCAUCAUUGAAUUAGGUGGAACUAUAGGAGAUAAUGAGUCCAGGCCUUUCACUGAAGCACUUAGCCAAUUAUCAUACAGUGUAGGGCCUGAUAACUUCUGCCUGAUCCAUGUUACUCAAUAGAAUAAGGCAUUUCGUCAGAAUG